CCGAAAUAGCAGCGGCGGCGGGAGGCGGAGACAGAGACGCGGGCUGGGCCCCGGCCCCGGAGGAUGCUGAGCCCCUGCGCCGCCCGGCCCCGAGCACAUGAUGGCGAUCCGGGAGCUCAAAGUGUGUCUCCUCGGGGACACUGGGGUUGGAAAAUCAAGCAUCGUAUGUCGGUUUGUCCAGGAUCAUUUUGACCACAAUAUCAGUCCGACCAUUGGAGCAUCUUUCAUGACCAAAACUGUACCUUGUGGAAAUGAGCUUCAUAAGUUCCUUAUCUGGGACACUGCCGGUCAAGAACGGUUUCACUCGCUGGCUCCCAUGUACUAUCGUGGUUCUGCUGCAGCUGUCAUAGUGUAUGACAUCACCAAACAGGACUCGUUUCAUACCUUGAAGAAAUGGGUGAAAGAGCUGAAAGAACAUGGUCCAGAAAACAUUGUAAUGGCCAUUGCUGGGAACAAGUGUGAUCUCUCAGACAUUAGGGAAGUUCCCUUGAAGGAUGCUAAGGAAUACGCUGAAUCCAUAGGCGCCCUCGUGGUGGAAACAAGCGCAAAAAACGCCAUCAAUAUCGAAGAGCUCUUUCAAGGAAUCAGUCGCCAGAUCCCACCCCUGGACCCCCAUGAAAAUGGGAACAAUGGAGCAGUCAAACUUGGGAAGCAAGCAACACAAUCCAGUCGGCGGUGCUGCUGACCAGUGGACCUGGCCCACAGGACUUGAAGCCAGAGCUCACUUCCAUGUGUAUUGCUUGAGGACCCCUCGUGCCUGAGAGCCUGGCACCUUGCUUAGAGAGAAGUGAGCCCGCUGGCUUUGCCUCCUAAAAGGACUGCAGAGAAUGCAGCAGGAAAUACACACACACACACACACACACACACACACACACACACACUUUUAAAAAGCUUGGGAGAAAAAAGCCCCACUACAUUGCUGCAAAGUGACCUUUUAGCAUGGUAGAUCCACACAGGAAAAAAAAAAAAUCAAUGUUAACUCAACUAUAGAUUGAAUUUGCUAAAAAUCUCAAAAAAAAUCUUAUAUUUAUGCAGAAGUCUCACAGAUGUAUGUGUGAAGUUCUAAAGUAGUGCUCCAUUCUGAUUUCCCAUGUUCCCUAAUGAGAUUUCAGUAAAUUCUUCAGUUCCACUGUCUUUAUUACUCAACCACCCUUCACUGAAAUGUUGACUUGAUUUACUCCAGUGGAAUUUAAUUGGGCCAUCAUCCAAGUUGUAAACUUAAACUAUUAUAAGAGUAGAGAAAGCUGGAUUAGAAACUUGUCUAUAUCUGACCUUUACUUGUUGAACAUCUUCCUCAGUUUUGGUUCUAAAAAAAAAAAAAAUCUAACUAAAAUAUUGCUUGUAAUUUUGAGAUUGAAAGAUCUGGUUUGGAAGACAUUGGAGUAGUGACCAUGUAAGCAGUGACAGAUGUAGACUAUAAAUAUUCCCAAGGAACCACUUGGUAUGCAUUACCUCCACAACAAUAAAUUUCUACUCUCUGAGAGAAGUUUAAUGCACAGAGUUUCAUUUUACUGAGAGAAUUUUCACAUUGUCAUAUCUGGGGGGGGGGGUGUUAAAAUUAAAUGAAAGACGCUUGAGUCUGAACUGUAGAACCAACUUUUUAAUAAUAGUAAAUAAAUGUUUACAGGAAAGUUAGCCAGAGAAAAUAGCAGCCCCCUAAUAUUCUAUUCUCAAAAACAAACAGUAGUCCAACAAAUGACACAGUGGAUAAAGCACUGGGCUCUCAAGUAUGAGGUCCUGAGUUCAAUCUCUGGCAGCACAUGUACCAGAGUGAUGUCUGGUUCUUUCUCUUUCCUCCUAUCUUUCUCACUAAUAAAUAAAUAAAAUAUUAAAAACAAAGAAACAAAAAAAUUUAGAAGAUGCCAGACCUUCAGAGGUAGGUAUUCUAGGGCUAAUGAGAUGUUCAGUUCUGGGAUGUCCAUUAACUGAGCAUAAGUUUUGAUCAAUCUUCAGUCUUGUCUGCUCAGUAGAUUAAAAAAAUGUCUAGGAUUGGGGAGAUAAUACCAGUAAGACUGCAACAGACCUUUAUGCCUGGCUCCAGAAGUCCCAGGUUCAAUCCCCCAGCAACACCGUAAGCCAGAGCUGAGCAAAUGGGAGGAGAAAAAAUUAUUCACAUUUAAAAUGCAAACCCUGUUAUUCAUAAAAGCCUGAGAUCAAGGAAUAGUGGGUUUCCUGUUGGGACUUACACUGGGAGGUGAUUCUUAAAACAUACUUACCGGGGGCCAGGCGGUGGCGCAGUGGGUUAAGCGCAUGUGGUGCAAAGCGCAGGGACCGGGGUAAGGAUCCCGGUUUGAGCCCCCGGCUCCCCACCUGCAGGGGAGUCGCUUCACAGGCGGUGAAGCAGGUCUGCAGGUGUCUGUCUUUCUGUCCCCCUCUCUGUCUUCCCCUCCUCUCUCCAUUUCUCUCUGUCCUAUCCAAACAACGAACAACAUCGGCAAUGGUAAUAAUAAUAACCACAACGAGGCUACAACAACAAGGGCAACAAAAAGGGGGGAAAAAUGGCCUCCGGGAGCAGUGGAUUCAUGGUGCAGGCACCGAGCCCAGCAAUAACCCUGGAGGAAAAAAAAACAUACUUACCUCAGUGCCUUUUGUGAGGCCUAGGAAUGUGCAAAGGAGUUGCCUUAGAAAUGGUUCAAAAGCAUUGUGGUCACAGUUGCUAGCUAGCUAACAGCUUCUUUGCCAGAAGUAUUCAAGGGUCAGCAGACAUUUAUUGAAAAUCUACAGUAUAAAAGCCAAGGGAAAGUCCGUGAGUUGAUUAAAGACUUGAAACUCUGUUUUUGAAUUCAUCUGGUGUGUUAAAAUCCUGUCAUGAUUGCAUCCUAAGGAGUCCACACAAGUCCGUAAAAGGACAGUGUCAAGUCUAAACUUGUUUUUGUGAACUGCAGUCCAGGUAGGAAUCACAGAUUGAGUUUUUUUUACCAGAGCAUCACUCUAACUGGUAUUGGUGGUGCCAAGGAAUCAAGCCUGGGACCUCUCACAUGCGAGCCUAUUUAUGCUAUCUUGCCAUCCCAGAUCUAGUCUAGUCUAGUUUAGUUUUUAAUUCAAGGAUAAGCUGUUGAUUUGCUAUUUUAUCAACCUCACCAGCAUGCAAGACUAGCGUGACAAUCUUAGAACAGAAAAGUUGAAAACACCGAUUUUUUAAAUUUCAAGAGUGCCUCUUAACUUCCCCUAGACAGGUACCUCAGAAACUGUUAGAGGCUGGGGAGACAGCAUAAUGGUUAAGCAAAAUGUCUUUCAUGCCUGAGGCACCAAAGGUCCAAAGUUCAGUCCCCAACACCACCAUAAGCCAGAGUUGAGCAGUGCUCUAGCAAACAAAGAAGUAAGCAAAUACAUGAGUAUAAAAAAGACAGGAAGUGUGCUCUGGGAGUUAGCACAAUGGAUAAAGCAUUGGACUCUCAAGCAUGAGGUCUUGAGUUUGAUCCCCGGCAGCAUAUGCACCAGAGUGAUGUCUAGUUCUUUCUCUCUCUCCUAUCUUUCUCAUCAAUCAAUAAAUAAAAUAUUUAAAAAAAAAAAAGACAGGAAGGAAGAAGGGAAGGAAAGAAACUGUUGGCAAGUGGCAGGACGUUUGCAGGAAUUUUUUAGAGUUUUCUCCACACAGUCAAUGUACUAAUGUGAUUCAGCUUGCUGGCCAAGCAAUUUUUAUGCCUUUUCCAAAGGUUGAAAAAAAAAGGGUUGCAAUUGAAAUGACCUCUCUCCAGGUGACAUGCCAGCUUACUUGGGGUGGGGGGACUUUCUGAGAGCCUGGGUUUGUCUCCAGACAGUUAUGCGGCUACAGUGGAAUGUCCCAGCAGUUUAAAGAUUUGGUCUGAGUCUUUAGUGGUCACCUAUUACUAGCUUUCCACAUGUACUGACCUACCAGUCAGUGCACUCUCCGGAGCACAUGAGGUUGUGAACCAUCCUGGGCCUUUCAGUCCUGGUCCUUAUUCAAGCCAGGUAGAUGAUUAUCUUAUAAAAAUCACUAUUCAGGUGGUCCGGGAGGUGGCACAGUGGUAAAGCUUUGGACUCUCAAGCAUGAGGUCCCGAGUUUGAUUCCGGCAGCACAUGUGCCAGAGUGAUGUCUGGUUCUUUCUCUCUCCUAUCUUUCUCCUAAAUAAAUAAAAUCUUUUUAAAAAAUCACUACUCAGAGCAAUUGUUGAGGAACCAAUACAUGACAUCUAUUCACAAGCAUGUGAAUACAAUGGGAGUCUUCUCUGGAGAUGGAUGGUCAAGCUUUGUAAACAUAGACACUUUCUUAUGUCUGUUUUGCCUUGAAAGUUCUUUCUGGAUGGUCUAAUCAUUGAGCUAUAACCACCUAAUAUUAUGUCAUGUCUUGGAAAUUUCCUAUUGCUUCAAAAUGUCAGUGUGGAGCAGCCUUUGUAAAAUGUGCUCCAGCCCCUCCAUUGUCUUGCCUUUCCUAUGAGGUAUAUGUGUAUAUAUGUGUAAAUACGAUUUUCUAUUUGUUAUGCCAAUGUGUAAUCCAUUUCACUGACUGAAGUUGGCUCAUGACUAUGUGUGCUAUAAUAUAGACACGGGUUCUCACGGGGACUCCUUCCCACGGGAGGUCCCUCAGAUGACAGUGGAAUCGUGCGACCAUGUUGUGUAGGUACAUAACUGACUUGCCAUUUUAUAGUGGGAAAUGGUACACCAGGGUGCUGAAUAUGACGUUACCUUACAGACUACACAAGGUUGAAAGCCUCACCUAAACUUUGUCCAACUGAAGGGCUGUGCCCCAGUUAGAAUUGAAUGCAUCUUCUAAAAGAGGUUUAGAUAACUAAAAUAUUUCCCCUAAGUUCAAGAAAUGUGGAUUGUGAUGCUAGCAUGGAGUAGAGUUUAGAGAACUCCAUGUCUCAUCACUGCGCCGUCUGUGGUGAGCUGGGUGAUGAGUGAACAUAGUGACUAAAGGUUCUGCACGGAAUCACACUGCUAUAAAUCUCCUUUACUCUCUUCGUCAUCAUUUUUAUUAUACCAGACUCAGUACUCCAAUGUCAGUGCUCUGUUAUGGAAACAGCUCCUUUUUCUUGUGUCUUUAUAAAGGGUUUCUAUCUGGGCAGGUCCCAGUUCUUGCUGCAGACAUGACCUUUCUAGCUGUAUUCUGUACUAAAGCCUCGCCGCCCUCAACGAGGCCCAAUUGUAUCUGUUAUUUUUUGGUUUAACACACUGAUUUAUACUAAUAAAUAUUUUAAAUGUU